GAGAGAGAAACUAAAGAGACAUGGAUAGGAGCAGAGUACUGAUUGUUGGGGGAACUGGGUACUUGGGGAAGCGGUUGGUGAAGGCAUGUUUGGCAGAGGGACAUCAAACCUACGUUCUUCAAAGAAGAGAGAUAGGAGUUGACAUUGAGAAGGUUGAGCUUCUAUUGUCAUUUAAAGAGCAAGGAGCUCACCUAAUUUCAGGCUCCUUUGAUGACCACCAGAGCCUUAUGAAUGCAGUAAAGCUUGUUGAUGUUGUCAUUUGUGCCAUAUCUGGCGUCCAUAUUCGCAGCCACCACAUCCUACUUCAACUCAAGCUCGUUGAUGCCAUUAAAGAAGCUGGAAACAUCAAGAGGUUUUUGCCGUCUGAGUUCGGGACGGAUCCUGGAAGAAUGGAAUAUGCAUUGGAGCCUGGAAGAGUAACAUUUGAUGACAAAAUGGUUGUGAGGAAAGCCAUUGAAGAGGCCAACAUACCCUUCACCUAUGUUUCUGCUAACUGUUUUGCUGGUUAUUUCCUCGGUGGUCUGUGUCAGCCUGGUUUCAUUCUACCCUCGAAGGAUUAUGUGGUCUUGUUUGGAGAUGGCAACAAAAAGGCGAUUUAUGUAGAUGAAGAUGACAUAGCCAGCUACACUAUCAAAACUAUAGAUGACCCCAGGACUCUAAACAAGACAGUUUACAUACGGCCACCUAAGAACAUCUUGUCCCAGAGAGAGGUUGUCCAAAUCUGGGAGAAGCUCAUUGGGAAAGAGUUAAAGAAGUCUUCAAUUUCUGAACAACAGUUUCUAGCUUCCUUAGAAGGACAAGCAUAUGCAGAGCAGGUUGGAUUGAUACAUUACUACCAUGUUUGCUUCGAAGGAUGUCUAGCAAAUUUCGAGAUAGGAGAAGAAGGAGUUGAAGCAUGCCAACUUUACCCUGAAAUUAACUACACUACGGUUGAACAUUACAUGAAACGCUAUGUAUAGGGUUUUUUUUUUUUUUUUUUAAAAAAAAUAAGUUCGAACAGUUGUGUCAUUUCUCUGAACAGAAUGGGCUCAGUUCAAUAAAGAUUGUAAAUGAGCCAAGUGAUGGGAUACGAGAUUAAUUAGAUUUAAGAUUUUAUUUUAUUAGAAUGAUAUUAAGGUUUGAUUUGAAUAAACGUAAUUUCUUAAGUUACUAGAUUACCAUUUAUAGUAUGUUUAGGUCAAUGGGGAUUUGG